GAGAGGAACGAAAAGGAAGACGCGCCCGUGCGCACCAAUGGCGGCCACCGACCCUUAUUUACCGAGCUCAAAAUGGCUGCCCUUCGUAUUUUCACACGCUCGUGCUUUCCAAAGAUUUUCCAAAGUUCCGCGGCUUUACAAUCGAUGAAACAUGUCUCCCCGACUAUCACCGAGAUUCAUAAGAGAUGGAGUAGUUACAGAUCUUCUCCUACAUACAAAGAUCCUUCUCAUUACACCGACUAUGAGAUAUCUACUGAUCCAGUAGAAUGGAGCUAUGUAAACCGUUUAAUGAGAUAUAAGGUCAUACCAAAACCAAAAACUACUGAUACAACUUUACCUUCGGGAUGGAAGCCAGCAACUGCGAAACCCAGCGACUACUCUUACUUUGUACAGCGUACAAAAAAUUAUAUGGUACCUGUGUAUCUACAAAGAUCAUUUAGAGGAAUGAGAAGAGUAACCUUUGUACGUAAGAUAGAAGGAGAUAUUUGGAAAUUAGAAAAAGAAUUAAAGGAACAUAUUAUACAAACAAAGAAAAGGACAAUCGGUAGUAGAGUAAAUGAAAUGGUCGGUGAAAUUAGAUUUAGAGGAGAUUUUGUAUCAUGUGUAAAACAAUGGUUACUAGAUAAAGGUUUUUAAAUUUAUAUAUGUUAAUUUGGUUUUAUAUUAUAAAUAUAAGAAUUAGGAUAUUUAUAAUGUAAAUAUGAUUAUGUAGGAACUGUUACAAUAUUUUCAUUGUAUACUUGUAAAAAUAAAAACUUCUAUCAUUUUA